AUGGCGGCUCGGAGUACCUCUGCUCCCUCGGUCAUCGAAACCAAGUCCGAUGACAACAAAAGACCCAGAAGACCGACUCUGCAGACGCCUCUUUCGGCCUCAUAUCCUUCGGAAGUCAAAAGCCCUUUUCCAGGUACACCAAGCUUCAUCAAGAGGGAAGAGAACAUUAAGACACCUGUCACUCCUCCAGUGGCCUAUUUGGACUUCUUGAAGUCAAUGCCAACCGGCCUGGCGAGCCCACUUACCACAGGAACCAGCUCCAAGUUCCAUUUUCAGGACAAAGUCUCUAGCGAAGCCAUCGAGGAAGCAGACGAGAAGUGUCCAGAUGCUACGCCAGAGAUCGUUCAGCCAACACUCUCCCGCACCAACUCUACCAGCUCUGAAGCGUCUACGACAUCUGUGAUGUCGAGCUCGACAGAGUCGGUGCAUUCAGUGACCAGCACAAUCUCAGAGACCAAACGCAAGACAAGGCCACAGUCACCUCGGGUCAUCAUACCUCCUUCUCCAUUUGCAAAGCCUCGGUCUGCAAAGCUUCCUAGAGGUGUCCAGGUACCUCCUUCUCCCAUGUCACCGGCCAAUCUUCGCUCGCCGAUGAGUGCUCGUACCCACUACGAACCUCACAGUGCAUCUGGUCUAGGCAGCACACCAUGGAGUGCUACAUAUUCACCCACGGAAGCUGAGAGCAGCACGACCAGCAAGAUGAGUGUCCGUCAAGUGGUGACAAGGACAGUCACGUAUUCACGAACACCACUCGAUCCAGCACCGAAGGGCAAGAGGAGAAAGAUUGAGGAAUGA